AUGACUUUGAGAAUAGCCAUUUUAUGUUGGGUCCUCUCAUUGGUCACUCUGAGAAUAAAACUGCUGAUUGAAAUCCAUCGACCCGAGAAUGGCCAAAGUGGAAUAAGUACCCAAUGCCCAGUUUUACAGACAAAGGAUUCAAAAAAGUCAAAUUUCCAUGACAACUUCAAUUGGAACCCAUUAGAUUGUCAGAGGAAAAUGUCUCACUUUAGAGAAAAUGGAAGCCCCAGUCCAGACCUGACCAGUUUCUGCAGGAGUAGACCCGGUAGUCCAGCUAAUCACCACAGCCGAUCCAGCAGUCCUAUUGGACUUCAAAAUAGUCCGUCUAGUGGUCCAGGAGGAUUGUGGUCCAAGUCCUGGAACCUUCCGGUCAGCAGCAGACCGGGCAGCCCAAAACCUGUAAAUGUCAAACAUAAAUGGCUGAACAUGUAUGGAAACUCAAAGUGA